AUGGAGGCGGAGGUGGCCGAGCCCGCGCCAGCGGAACCCGAGGAGGCGGCUCCACCGGAGCCCGGGGAUGCGGCCUCCGUACAGGCCUCGCCCGAAGAGCCCCUUCCUCUCAUGGAGGAGGCAGAGGAGGGGCCGGCGGGGAAUGGAGAGGAGGCCGCGGGAAUGACCGAGGAAGCGGCCCAAGGCCUGGCGGAGGAGCCCGAGGGAGCUGCCGGCGAAGCGGAGAUCGAGGAGGGCGAGCCGGAGGGGGGCCCGGCCGAGACUGAGGCCGAGGCCGAGGCGCUCGGCGUGGCGGCCGCCUCUUUCGCUUCCGAGGCGGGGAGCGUGGAGGGGGCGCCCUCCAUGGGGUCGCUCUUGGCGGGGCCGCUGCCGACCAGCGCGGCCUUCGAGGAGGGGGAGCCCUUGGAGCCGCCGCCGCUGCAGGUGAGCGAGCAGCUGGCGCGCCGCAUCAGCCUGAGCCUGUGGGAGCUGGAGCGGCAGGGCAGCCCCGAGCGCCUGGAGCCCGGCAGCAGCCCGGACGAGCAGGAGGAAGAGGAGGAGAGCGAGGAGGACGCGGCGGCGCGCCGGGCCGAGGAGCAGCGGCAGCGCGCCGAGCUGGUGGAGCAGUACCGGCAGCUGGUGCUGGAGCGAGGCCGCCUCCGCCACUACAGCGCCCGGCUGCAGAGCAAGCUGGCCGACGCGCUGAACAAGGCCAAGGGCAAGGAGCGCGCCCGGCCGGAGCUGGAGCAGCACAUCUCGGACAAGGAGCAGCGCUACAACCGCUACCUGGCCAUGCUGCAGGAGCUGCGCAACCAGCAGCAGGAGGAGAUGGCCUGGUACCAGCAGCAGAUGGAGGCCCUCCAGCAGGCCUGCGAGGAGAAGCAGGCGGUGGUCAACAGCCAGUGGAAGGCCUACCAGGCCACCAAGAAGGAGGUGGCUGUCUACACCAUGGGCCGGCGCCUGGGGGGCAGGCAGGCAGCCAUCCAGAAGGUGGACCAGAUCCAGUCCAGAGAGGAGAGCAAAGAAAAGGAGAUGACGGAGGUUCGUCUGGAAAAUAUCAAGUUGAAACACAGGAUCCUAAAACUCGAAGCAAGCUUAAAAGCCCAAGAGCAGUUGGCAGAGGGUCUGCAUUUAAUAGAUUUUGAGCAGCUGAAGAUAGAGAACCAGACCUACAAUGAGAAGAUCGAAGAACGCAACGAGGAGCUUCAGAAGCUCCGGAGAAAGAUCACCAACACAGUGCAAAUCCUGACUCAAGUAAAGGAGAAACUGCAGUUUGUGGAAGCUGAGAACCAAGGCCAAAAGGCUCAGCUGUUGGCAGUGGAGGCUCUCUUGGCCCAAAAGAGGGAGGUCCUAACAAGGAUAAAACAGGCUCGAGAUAGGUUGCGAAUCGACAACGAAAAGCUUCACCAGAAAUGUGGCUUGUUAGGAGACACGUUAUUGUUGAGGGAUUUUGAGGAGAAGGUGAAUGUUGCAGAGGUACUGAAGCAGAGGCUGGAGGCACUGAAACGUCAGCAUGCCGGACUCACCCUUACUUGUAACGGUGUCAAGAAGAAAAUCAGAGGAAUAAAAUCUUUUCUACCACUCUGAACAAUUUUCAGUUCAAUGUCAAAAUUAAGUUUUUAUGUGAGGAAAGGAUAUUAAAUGCAUUUUUAUUUUGUUGUUCUGAGAAACAUUGUUUUCCCUGGUGGUUCAUAUCAGACAUUCAAGAUCCAGUGCUGGUGGCAGGCACAUAUGUGAAAAGACAACACAGGCCCUGUCCUCGAACUUGCGCACUUUUUAAAGACAAGACUGACAAAGUCAGAAUAGUGGAAGGAAAAUACAACACAAGGAAAUUGGUAUGACAAGGUCAGAACACAGAGCUGAAUUAUUAACAGACAUUUACGUUCAGUUCGGGAGAAUGCCAGUUGAUCUUUUCUGCCGGCAUUCUUACAGGGAUGGAGGCGGGGGACUAAGCAGCCCUUUGAUAGGUGGCCUUAGUUGUAAGUAAGCCUUAGCUGUCUUCAUUUUGCCUCUGUGAUUACAGAGCAUUAAAUUGCUCGUAACUUGUUUGUUUUUAGACUUGUAUGGUGCUGCCUAGAAAUAGCUUUGCCUUAAAACCAGAGCAUUUUAGCCAACUGACUGCAACUUUCCAUGAAAAUGGCUUAAAAGCCAAUUUGCUAGCCAAGUCCUUAAAGUCCUUAGUUUCAUUCCUUUUAAUGGGGACUCUGUGAAAGGAACUCUGAAACUGGUAAUGAGUUGAUUCUCAACUGUAUACAUAAUUUUAAUCGGUUAUAUUAAGUGUUCCACCUCCUUUUUAUGUAAUUAGUUGAAGCACUGGAGGGUAUACAUUUAUUAGUUUAUACCCCAACAUUCUCCGCAGUGGGUACCCAAGGUGGCUUACAUAAUUCUCUUUACCUCUAUUUUAUUCUCACAACAACCCUGUGGGGUAGAUUAGCCUGAAUCUGUGUGACUGGCACAAGUUCAUCCAGCAAGGUUCCAUAGCAAAGUGGGGAUUUGUACCUGGUUCUCCCAGAUCCUAGUCCAACACUCUAACCAGUACGCCAUGCUAGCUCUCAUAGAUCUUCUAAAUCCUUCACCAACUUUAGUUUGUCUUUCAUGUUUUGCAUCUCUCUGAAAGAGAUGGUUGACAAUUUAAAACAAUA